AGAACAUGGGACUCUGUGGGUGUCAGAGACCUCAAUCCCAGUGUUAACGCGUUCCAACGAAAACACGUCAAUGAGAUCAAAAAAUGUGAAGAGAUGGAGAGGAUCCUUGGAUACCUUCUGAGGGAAGUCAAGAAAGCAGACAUUUCACUGCCAGAAGGAGACGUGAACCCAGUGGCUCCUUUACCCAAGCACGUCAUGGCUAUAAUGGAGCAGCUGCAGAGGCUUGAAGUGGAGUUAGGUGAAGUAACCAAGAAUAAAGAGAAGCUGCAGAGGAAUCUGCUGGAGUUGACAGAGUACACACACAUGCUGCGAAUCACCCGCAACUUUGUUCAAAGAAAUAGUGAGCGAGAACCCCUACAAGUACAGUAUGAGGAGUUUCCCUUCCUAGAAAAAGACACAGUGAUGGACUACAGCAGUAUGCAGAGGCUAGGAGCCAAACUGGGUUUCAUUUCGGGGCUAAUUCAGAGGGUGAAGAUCGAGGCCUUUGAGCGGAUGCUUUGGAGAGUGUGUAAAGGCUACACCAUCCUCAGCUAUGCGGAGGUCGAGGAGUAUCUGGAAAAUCCUGACACGGGUGAGCCUACCAAAAGCGUGGUGUUCCUGAUCUCUUACUGGGGAGACCAAAUUGGCCAGAAAGUGAAGAAGAUCUGUGACUGCUACCACUGUCACUUGUAUCCCUAUCCCAGUAACAAUGAGGAGAGGAAUGAUGUUGUGGAAGGACUAAGAACUCGCAUUCAGGACCUGCACACAGUACUUCAUAGGACAGAAGACUAUCUGAGACAGGUCCUGGUUAAGGCUUCAGAAUCCGUCUACACGUGGGUCAUCCAGGUCAAGAAGAUGAAGGCCAUCUACUAUAUUCUGAACCUGUGUAGUUUUGAUGUCACUAACAAGUGUCUGAUCGCUGAGGUUUGGUGUCCUGUCAAUGACAUUCCCACCCUGCGGAGGGCCCUAGAAGACGGAUCGAGAAAAAGUGGAGCGACAGUUCCUUCCUUUGUCAAUCGUAUCCCCACCAACGACACUCCCCCGACCCUGAUAAGGACCAACAAAUUUACCUCUGGUUUCCAGAACAUUGUGGAUGCCUAUGGAGUGGGCACUUACAGGGAGGUUAACCCUGCUCCUUUCACAAUCAUCACUUUCCCGUUCCUGUUCGCUGUGAUGUUUGGGGACCUGGGUCAUGGAGCUAUCAUGGCUCUGUUUGCUUUCUGGAUGGUGCUGUACGAGAACAACCGGAAACUUAAAAACACCAGGAAUGAGAUCUGGAACACAUUCUUUGAGGGCCGUUAUAUCAUCCUGAUGAUGGGCCUGUUCUCCAUCUACACCGGCCUGAUAUACAAUGACUGUUUCUCAAAGUCGCUUAACAUCUUUGGUUCUGGAUGGAGUGUGAAAGCAAUGCUCAAUGCUAAUGUGUGGAAUAAAACUGAUAUCCUUGGGAAUCGUUUUCUUUCACUGGAUCCAAAUGUUGAAGGAGUUUUCAAAGGGCCGUACCCUCUGGGAAUUGACCCGAUUUGGAACUUGGCAAACAACCGCCUUACAUUUCUGAACUCCUAUAAGAUGAAGAUGUCAGUGAUCUUGGGCAUCAUACACAUGAGCUUCGGGGUCAUCCUCAGCACUUAUAAUCACUUGCACUUUAGGAAGAAGUACAACCUGUACUUGGUGUUUCUCCCUGAGCUCUUGUUCCUGCUGUGUCUGUUUGGCUACCUGGUGUUCAUGAUAUUGUACAAGUGGCUGGUCUUCUCUGCUAAGGACUCCAGAUAUGCCCCGAGCAUCCUCAUCCACUUCAUAAACAUGUUCCUCAUGCAGGGUGAUGCAGUGCAGCCCCUCUACCCAGGACAGACUGGCCUGCAGAUAUUUCUGGUGGUCAUUGCUCUUCUCUCAGUGCCUGUCUUACUCCUGGGGAAACCCGUCUACCUUUAUUGGCUUCACAAUGGAAGCCACCGCCUAGGAAUGUACAGGGGAUAUGAGCGUGUGCGGCGUAACAGUGAAGAGGAGCUCUACCUGUUGAGGACUCAUGACAUGGAGGAGGGAGGCAGUCACAGUGAUCUCUCCACUAGCGGAGAGCGCCAGACGGAGGAGUUUGACUUCGCAGAUGAGCUCCUGCAUCAGGCUAUCCACACUAUAGAGUAUUGCCUGGGUUGCAUCUCCAACACAGCCUCCUACUUAAGGCUCUGGGCUCUGAGCCUGGCACAUGCCCAGUUAUCCGAGGUGUUGUGGGCGAUGGUGAUGCGAGUAGGACUACGAAUGGACACCACUCUCGGGGUUUUAUUCCUGGUGCCUGUGUUCGGCCUGUUUGCCGUUCUCACUGUAUCCAUCCUCCUGGUAAUGGAGGGUCUGUCUGCAUUUCUUCAUGCCCUCCGGCUACACUGGGUGGAAUUUCAGAAUAAAUUCUACAGUGGGACUGGAGUCAAGUUUUGCCCCUUUUCCUUCGCUCUCCUGCCCUCCAGCUUUGAGCAUGAUGGCUUACUGUGAAGAGACUAUCUGGUAACACUGUUAGGUGGUAAACCGAGCCAGAACAAGCCAGCAGGCUCCCGCUCUCAUGAAGACAUAUUCCACAGAUGUCACAAGGUGGUUUUUGAUUUUUCGUUUUGUCUUUUAACAAAGUAAUGGUGAGCUUCACAAACUUUGGACUGAAACUGGCUGCCCUCCCGACGGUUUUCAAGAACACACACAGUGCAGGGUGUACUGUUGAGAAAUUGAACUGUUUUUUCUUUUUGCAAAUGUAUGUAAUAAGGAAUAGUUUGUAACAGGAUCAACAUGGUUCACUGCAGACCAUUUUGUGAGGCUCAGAUUUUAUCCGGCAUUGUUGAUGUCACUUGUAUGAAGAACCACAUCCGCCAAACUAAAUAAGUAAAAGAAGGUAAAAUAUUUUAAUAUGAAAUUUAAACAUUAUAAGCAAAUUGAUGGCCCAGAGUUUUGGCUACACAGACAAUACUUGUUAGGAUACAUUUGUUGCUGGUUUUCGUGUUUAGAUGUAAUUUGCUGAUUAAAUAAGACGAAAGAUAAAAUAACAUUCACCUUUUCUAUUUAAGAAUAAUUAAGAAAAAUCUUAUUCUUAUUCAUUCUUUUCUGUUUCCCACCGUUUCUCCUCUUCUUCUCCUUUUAUUUUUGUCAUUAAUUUUGGCAUAAUUGUCUAUAUUCAUUCAGUUAUUUUGCCUUUUUUUCUACCAAUACAUUUGAGUUUUGGCAGAUCUGGUUUCCAUACACUGGGUAGUGAGCCACCUUUCAGUUACAUAGUUCUAACUCAACUUUUUGUUGCACUGACUGCCUUACAGAAGUACAACCAAAUGACAGCAUACUGUUUUCUCUUGUACGUAAUACUGCGAAAGAUCUUUGACUUUAUAGUACUGAAAAGUGCUUGAGAAAGUGUGUGUGAGGAGAUGUAAAUACUUUUACAGAAUUAUUUUUUAAUUUAUUAUAUUUUAAAAGGUGGCAUCAAAAUUAAAGAUGAAUGUUACUGGGGUAUGAUUUUUACUUUUAUGCAUUCACAGUGUUGCCUAUGUGUCUGCCACUUUCUAUACAAUUUAACAUUCCAUGCAUGGAAAAACUUAAAUCAUUUAUUUGUUGAGUCAGCUCUGCUGGUCGUGAGCCCCUUGCUUUGAAAGAUUCUACAUCCAUAUUCAAAACAUUGGUUCGACUGUAUUAAAUCUUAUUAAGAGAAGAUUGAAUCAUUUACUAAUAUCAGGCAUUGGUAGUAUUUGCUAAUUUUGUGGAUUUGUUAAUAUUGUAUGGAAUUCGUAUUUUUUCUAAGGGAAGGAGACUUUGUCAUCAUCGUCACAUUAUUGGGAUGUCUGCACCUUUUCACUAUAGUGAGAUACUGCCACACAUUUUUGAAAGUCAUGACUUUGUCAAGCUUUAACGGUGGAAAAAUGUGGAUUCACGUUACGUUAAGUGGCAAUCUCUGUUUUAUUUGGGAGAAUGAUGUUUGAUUAGUUGUCAUGGGUUGGUUGAAGGGGUAUUGGAAUUUCUUCUCAUGCAGCUCUAGUCUUGCCAUUAAUUUUAAUAUUAAGAAUCAUAUUUUUUCAUUGACAACACUCCAUGCUCUACUUCUUUUGAGAACAUCAUCCACAUGUCAAUAAUAAAUUGUAUUUGUUUGAGUUUUCUUUCCCCCCUCAAUGACCAUAACUGCAUUUCUUUUUUUUAUCUGGUUUCAUACAAGCUACAUGGAAGUCAGCACCAAGAUUUUAAAUAUGUUUUAAAUCUGGUGUAUUCAGCAAAGAAUGACCAAAUUCAUCAAUUUAAAUCUUGUGUUUGUAGAAACGCCCUUUAAAAGUACAAUUUGUAAUUGUGGGAAGGUGA